AUGAGCGAGCAGCUCCUCCGGCUGGAGCGGCAGUUGCUGCGGCGGCAGGCCGAGGUGCAGGCACUGGGGGAGCAGCAGCGCUCGCUGCACAUACGCGCGCUCGCCGCACAGCUUGCAACCGACCAGGCGCUUGGCCUGCUGCAGCUGGGCGCCUUGCUGCAGCAGCAGCAGCAGCAGCAGCAGCAGCAGCAGCAGCAGCAGCAGCAGCAGCAGCAGCAGCAGCAGCAGGAAGAGCGCCGCCACGACAAAACCCCCUGCCGGCAGCUGCCGCCCCAGACCGCGUGCCCCGACGCCGAAGCUGCCUCCGGCUGGGCCGCCCUCCUCACCCAAAUGCGGCUGGAUUUGUCAUCCCUGGCCGCCGCCGCGCCGCCGCUGGGGGCGCGUGGCCUCCCCUCAGGCCUCGGCUGGUCGCCGGCGGCCGCGGCGGCGCGCGCGGCCGGCACAGAUUUGUCGACAGCAGGGCUGGCGAGGACCUUCCACGAGUUCGUGCAGCGCGCUGGGCCGUUCUACUUCAAGGCGCGCCACGGCGGCCGCUGCCCCGAGGCGGAGUGGGCGCGCGGGCGCCUGCUGGAGGAGCGCGCGCGCGUCAUGGAGCAUACUGCCCUGGUCUGCCUCAGCCGGGACGCCCGGCCCGCCUGCGAGGUGCUGCUGGGCCCGCUGGGCGACGUCGAGGGGGGCGCGGGCGCGCCUGCGCCUGCUGCCGCUGCCGCUGCGGCGGCGAGGUACUCUUGGAUCGUGGAGCAGCUGCAACUGGCGCCCGGCCAGGAGGAACUGCUGCUGUCUGCACUCCUCUGCGGCCAGGGGCGCCUUGCGCCAUUGCACGCGCGCCACGAGGCGCUCUCCACCCUCUGCAACUCGGCCUGCGCGGCCGCCGCGGCCGCCGCCGCGGGCGGCGGCACGGGCUGCGGCGGCGUUGACGGCCGCCCUGGGUUGGACGAGGCAGUGGCACGGAUGGGCGCGUGGCUGAGCAGCUACCAGUUCGCUUCCGCCUGCUGCGAUCUGGUGGCCUUUUGCUCAGUCCUCCUGCCCGAGCAGUUUGCUUCGCUCAUCAUCGCCGCGUGGCCGCGCCUGCCGACGGCGGCGGGGCUCCUCGAGGCGCUGCAGGCGCGCGCGGAGGCGCGGGGGCGGGCGGACGCGUGCGGCCCCGGCGGGGGCACGUUGCCCCGGCCUGCUCGGAACUGA